AGUCACAUUUUUUCUAAAAUAUAAUUUCCAUCGUUAGCGAACUUCGAACAUUUAAUUUCAAUAAGUUUGUCAUUAGCUCAUAGAACUAACUUUAAAUUAAAUUGUAUAAAAUGCCAGAAAACAGUGAUUUAGUAUUGUGUUAUAAUCGUGGAUGUGCUGAUAAGUUUGACCCUACUAAUAACCCGGAAGGCUCAUGUACUUUUCAUCCUGGUGAACCCUUUUUCCAUGAUGCUUACAAAGGUUGGAGUUGUUGUAAGAAAAAAUGCACAGAUUUUACUGAGUUCCUCAAUAUUAAAGGUUGUACAAAAGGAUGUCACAAUGGUAAUAAGCCUAGGGAGCCUGAAAAAUAUGUUCCUGAAAAAAAUGCUAAAGAAGAAAUAUUUGAAUAUCAUGCUCCAAAACCUAUAUUGCUAACUAGACCGCCAGUUGGUUCCUCAAUGAUAUCUUUAAUACCAAUAAUAUCACCAAAUUUAUUGCAACAAAUGGCUUUAGUUAGUAUAGAUGAUAGUAAUGAAAAUGAUUCUGUUAAUUCAAAAGAUAUCAUUAUUGGUACUAUGUGCAAGAACAAUGGCUGUAAACAAGCAUAUGAAGGUGCUGGAAAGAGCAAUGAAUGUAAUCAUCACCCUGGUGUCCCUAUUUUUCAUGAAGGAAUGAAGUUUUGGUCAUGCUGUAAUAAAAAAACUUCAGAUUUUAAUGUAUUUUUGGAACAAGCUGGUUGUUCUCAAGGAGAACAUUGUUGGGUUAAAGAUACUAAAACUCAAGGACAGAUGACUUGUCGUCUUGAUUGGCAUCAAACUGGUCCAUGGGUAGUAGUUUCCAUAUUUGCCAAAAAAUAUAAUCCAAAUAAAUCAGUUGUGAAAUUAUCCCCAAUUGAAUUAUCCAUUGAACUAUUUUUCCCUUCAGAAAAUUCAGUCUUUUCAAAAUUUAUGGAACUAUAUGGAAUUGUAGAUGUUGACAGCAGUGUUGUAUCUAUGUUACCUACUAAAGUAGAAAUAAAAUUGAAAAAAGCUGAAGCAGUGUCAUGGGGCCGAUUGGAAUAUCCAAAAAUAAAUAUUUCAUCAAAUAGUACAUUAAACGAUUCAAAAAACAAAGGCCAUACUGAUAUAAGUUGUGUUGAAAGUGUCGAUCUUGAUGAUUUAUGAGUUUCUUAAAUAUUAAAAGUGUUACAAUCUUGAAGUACUUUUAUUUUGUAUUAAUUAAAUGAAUAUGAUUUAAUUGAAGUUUUGAUAUUUUAUUGAAAAAAUGAUUUUUAAGAAAAUUUCUCAUUAUUCAACCUGUUGUGUAAAAUAUAUUUUUAUUGAAUUUAGAAUGUAUUUCCUUUAUUAUAAUUAAGACUUGUGAGGUUUUUUUUUUUUUUUGUAAAAUAGCUUAAAAUAUUAAUAAAAUUGUGAUUAAAGAUGCAAU